UAAGCUAGCUAGCAGCAUUUCAGCUUGGCAAAGCUCCAAGAUAUAUAUAUAUAGCUAGUGUACGCACGUCGUCUUAAGAGUUUGUGCCAUCGAUCUUUCGAUCGAUAUAAUCAGCGCUAGCUAGCUAGCUAUAGCAUCAUGUCGUCGAGGGAUCCGCUAGUGGUUGGAAGCAUCGUGGGCGACAUCGUGGACUACUUCUCAGCGUCGGCGCUGCUCCGAGUUAUGUACGGCGGGCGCGAGAUCACCUGCGGGUCGGAGCUCAGGCCGUCCCAGGUCGCCGGCGAGCCGACGGUGCACAUCACCGGAGGCCGCCGCGACGGGACGCCGGCGUUCUACACACUGCUGAUGCUGGACCCUGAUGCGCCCAGCCCAAGCAACCCGACCAAACGGGAGUAUCUCCAUUGGUUGGUGACUGAUAUACCAGAAGGAGCUGGUGCCAAUCAUGGGAACGAGGUGGUGGCGUACGAGAGCCCCCGGCCAUCGGCGGGGAUCCACCGGUUCGUGUUCAUCGUGUUCCGGCAGGCGAUCCGGCAGUCGAUCUACGCGCCGGGGUGGCGCGCCAACUUCAACACCAGGGACUUCGCCGCCUGCUACAGCCUCGGACCGCCUGUCGCCGCCACCUACUUCAACUGCCAGAGGGAGGGCGGCUGCGGUGGCCGGAGGUACAGGUGAUGGAUCAAGCGACAGCAUAGAAACAAUGCAAGACGACGGUGACCCAUCAUGCAUAUAACAAGCUAGCGAGCUAGCUAGCUAGUACACAUACCACAACAAUAAUCUUCGUUGUUGGUUGCUUCAACGAUAUAUAUAUGCAACUGAUUUAGAAAAUAGUCAAGGGUAAUUUAUGGGACACAAACACAAUAGUGCGUCGGACGGUCGGAGUGUAUAGGCUUCGAUGCUCGUCCUUAUAUACAAAAGUCCAUCGUCUGCAGGUCAAAUUAUGGACUAUUGGUAUGUC